AUGCAUCCUUUCUGCUGUGUAUCCGCUAUCUCCGAUCAGGCCUCGCCGGUGAAACCCUCGCCGUCUCCUUUUCCUGACUUCACCAUGCCGCCUCCUCCUCAACCGCCAGCGGUGGUUACUCUUAGAUCCGACUCGGUUCCGAGACAUAGUCUGAGCCAGAGUGUCGGGAGCCAGCGGGAGUCGCCGGCGGUGGUUCUCGAUGUGAAAAUUAAUGAUCUCGUCGGAAAUGGAAUCUCCGGGAUUCUGUAUAAGUGGGUGAAUUACGGGAAAGGAUGGAGACCGCGAUGGUUUGUUCUUCAAGACGGCGUUCUGUCCUACUAUAAAAUUCACGGUCCUGAUAAAAUCAUCGUUAACCAAGAGACUGAGAAAGGUUCGAAGGUUAUCGGUGAUGAAUCUAUUCGGAGGAUCAAUCGCAAUCGCAAUUCUCGUCCCUAUCAGAACCGUCGAAAGCCCUUUGGUGAAAUCCAUCUCAAGGUUUCAACGAUUCGGGAGAGUAAAUCAGAUGAUAAGCGAUUUUCAGUGUUCACGGGAAUGAAGAGACUCCACUUGAGAGCAGAGUCACGAGAAGAUCGUGUGGCGUGGAUGGAGGCUUUGCAAGCUGUGAAAGAUAUGUUUCCUCGAAUUUCCAACAGUGAAUUGAUGGCUCCGGUGGACAACGUAACAAUUUCAACUGAGAAACUGAGAAAUCGGCUUCUGGAAGAAGGACUGGGUGAAGCAGCUAUUCUAGACAGUGAACAAAUUAUGAGAACUGAAUUUGCAGCGUUACAAAAUCAACUAAUGUUGCUUAAGCAGAAACACUCCAUCCUCAUUGAUACCUUACGCCACUUAGAGACGGACAAGGUUGAUCUGGAGAAUACAGUAGUUGAUGAGAGCCAAAGACAGUGGAAUGAUCAAGAAAAUUCCAAUGGAUUAAUGCUAGAAAAGUUUAGUGAUGGAAGUGCAAGUGAAUCUGAGGAUGAUAAUGAAAGAAAUGAUGCUGCAGAAGAAGAAACAGAUGAAGAUGACAAUGUCUUUUUUGAUACCCGUGAUAUUCUAUCAUCAAGUUCUUUUAAAAGUAAUGGGUCUGAUUAUAGAGUAUCAUCUUUCUCUUCUGAUAAUGAUACCUUUGAAUCAGAGGAAGAUGUAAAUUCUUCAAAUAAAUAUAUUGGAACCAACCAUCCUCAUGUUAAGAGGCGAAAGAAAUUGCCAGACCCUGUAGAGAAAGAGAAAGGAGUCAGUCUUUGGUCAAUGAUCAAGGAUAAUAUAGGGAAAGAUCUAACAAAAGUUUGCCUGCCUGUUUACUUUAAUGAGCCUCUCUCCUCCCUGCAAAAGUGUUUUGAAGAAAUGGAGUAUUCAUAUCUGCUGGACCAAGCAUAUGAAUGGGGAAAAAGGGGUGAUAGCCUCAUGAGAAUUCUCUAUGUCGCUGCUUUUGCUGUAUCUGCCUAUGCUUCAACAGAAGGAAGAAUUUGCAAACCAUUUAAUCCAUUACUUGGGGAAACAUAUGAAGCUAAUUAUCCAGAUAAAGGCCUUCGUUUUUUCUCAGAGAAGGUCAGCCAUCACCCUAUGAUAGUUGCAUGUCACUGUGAGGGUACAGGUUGGAAAUUUUCGGGGGAUAGCAACUUAAAAAGCAAAUUUUGGGGCCGAUCGAUUCAGCUUGACCCUGUUGGUAUUUUGACUCUGGAAUUUGAGGAUGGAGAGGUUUUCCAGUGGAGCAAGGUUACGACAUCAAUAUACAAUCUCAUAUUGGGAAAGCUUUACUGUGAUCAUUAUGGUACAAUGCGUAUAGAGGGAAAUCAAGAGUACUCUUGUAAGCUGAAGUUCAAGGAACAGUCUAUAAUUGAUCGAAAUCCUCAUCAGGUUCAUGGUAUAGUCCAAGAUAGGAACGGAAAAACAGUAUCAACCUUGUUUGGAAAAUGGGAUGAAAGCAUGCACUAUGUUAAUGGAGACUAUACUGGGAAGGGGAAAGGUCAUGAAUCUUUGUCAGAGGCCCGUUUACUCUGGAAGCGAAGUAAGGCUCCCAUGUUUCCUACUAGAUAUAACUUCACACGCUUUGCCAUCACGUUAAAUGAACUUACCCCUGGAUUGAAGGAAAAGUUGCCGCCUACAGAUUCCAGGUUAAGACCAGACCAGAGGUAUUUAGAAAAUGGGGAGUAUGAGAUGGCAAAUUCAGAAAAGUUGCGGCUAGAGCAGCAACAACGGCAGGCCCGGAAGAUGCAAGAAAGCGGCUGGAAACCACGGUGGUUUGCUAAGGAUAAAGCAAGCGGGACAUACCGCUAUAUGGGAGGAUAUUGGGAGGCUCGAGAAAAAAGAAACUGGGACUCCUGUCCUGACAUCUUUGGCCAAAUUUCUCCUGAUCAUCUUUCAGAUGAAAUUCAAAUCACAUCUUAA